UAGCAAGCAGAAGAAUGACGCGUCUGCCCCCGUGCGUGAUGAUGAUUAUACUGGUCAACGGGGUGAGGAGGUUGUUGUUGAUGCGUAGAUGACGAUGAAGAUGAUAAGCAAGAGCCCCCUGCUGAAUCUCCUCCGCAUGAUUUUAGUGAUGACUACGCCAUUUAUGAUGAUUGUUUUGGUGGUGAUUCUGAUGGGGGUUGCAAUGGUGUUGAUGACAAUGUUGAUUAUACCGAGGGAGUUUUUGCACCAGGCACAGCCUGUAGCCGAAGGUGAUUGUGACAAAUCUAAUGAGCCAGAGCUUGGGCAGCAAUUCCAUGCUGGUAGUGUUGACAUUUUUGAAGGGAAGCAAGUUGGGUUUGAUUGUCAAGGUGGCGUGUCAGUUACGAUUGAAGGAGGUUUAGAAGUAAAAGAUCGCGCUUCAGAUGAUUCAAGUCGUUUUGUCGCUGACAAUGUUGAUUGUGGUCCAGGUUUGCUUGAUGCUAGACAGGCACCUGAAGGUGCUUGUGCGGGUGUAUUUGUCAUGGAUGGCCUUGGUGAUGAUGUCAAUCAUGCAGCAAGUUUUGAAGGAAAACAAGUGCUGAAGGAUACAGCUAUGCCUGAAAGCAUUGGAGCCGGAGGUGAUGUAUUUUAUAUUCCGGUGUGCAAAGUCCUUGUUGUUGACGGAGCACGUGCAUCGAACAAGGACGCGAAGCCAGCUGUUGUUCUGAACUUCUGAAGGAUGCUGCAGUUGUGGACUCCCAUCGAGGUGGUGAUGCUCAUGCUAGUGUUGCAGGCCCCGAGGACGCAGGUGGUUUGAAUGUGUCUCAUGUGAUAUAUAAAUCAAUUUUUGACGGUGGUGCAUCUGCUCCUGCAACACUUUCUGGGAAUCCUGUACAAGUACCCGAGGGGUUAGCUGCGAAGUUGAAAGAUAUAAUUUCAAAAGCUAAGUUGCGCGGUAAUUAUAGUAAUGAGCCCCAGCCUGAAGUUGAACCCAACGUUGACAAAGUUGGUGUUGAUGGCGCU